GAGGGAGGGAGAGAGAGAGGGGGAGAGAGACCCGGUGACAACACUGAAGACCUCACCUCAAACUGUUCUCCGCGGACCACCCGGACCCUGUGAGGAGCCUCUCCACGGCCCACCAUGACACCCUGAACCCGCGCUGCCACAGCUGGAGGGAGCGGACGUGACGGAAGAGGGAAGUGAGAAUUAAAAACACCAGCCAACGAUAAGUUCUGUCCUCCAGCAAGUUCGAGUCAGAGCCGUGGAUUCUGGAGGGAGAGCAGCCUCUGGAGUGGGAGUGGGCAUGGACACCCACGUUAAGGAGGGACAACUGUAUGUACAGCAUCAGAAGUUUGGGAAGAAAUGGAAGAAGAACUGGUUGGUCCUAUACCCCGCCAGCCAAAAUGGCAUCGCCCGCCUCGAAUUCUACGACUCGGCCUCGGGCGGCGGGGGCGGGGCCAGCGGGGGCUCGGGAAGCGGGUCCAAUGAGAAAACCAGGAAGCUGGACAAGAAGAUCAUCCGCUUGUCCGAGUGCAUCUCCAUCCUGCCGGCGCUGACGGAGAGCUGCCCCAAAGACAACAUGGCUGCUUUCUGCGUGGAAACCAACGACAAGACGCACGUGUUCGCCGCAGAGAAGAACGCCGCCAACGACUGGAUGAAUACCAUGUGUGACAUUGCUUUUCAGGGAGGCAGCGGAAGCAGCGGCAGUACGGUCGCAGACUCUAAUGGAGGACCCCAGGACAUGCAGAUGUCUGAAAACCUCAUCUACUACACCAGAGAUCAAGUGAACGAGUUCUGGGUGAGCGUUCAGCGCACUGAGGCGUCGGAGCGCAGCGGGCUGGCGGGGAGCUACUGGCUGAAAGCCGAAAGCGAUGUCUUGAUCUUGAAGGAGCCGAUGACCAAGAGGAACGUCCUGGUAUGGCCCUACAAGCUGCUGAGGAGAUACGGGAGAGACCGGGUAAUGUUUUCUUUCGAGGCUGGUCGGCGCUGCGACUCGGGCCCCGGCAACUUCACCUUCGAAACCAAGCAGGGCAACGAGAUCUUCAUGCUGGUGAACCAGGCCAUCCAGUCCCAAAAGGCUCAGGCGGAGGAGCGCCACCUCAGCGGCCCCUUCAACUCCGACCCAGACUGCCCCUUGUCGCUGCAGCACAUACGCAAUGCUGCCACCGUGACGGGGAGCGGCGACAGCAGCAGCUGCAGCAGUCGAGAGGCGGACGGCGAUUCAGGCGGCAGCAAGCCGGGGUCUGCUGACGGCGUGCUGGGGAAGAGAGAGGUGGGAGACGGAGGGGGAAGUGGAGCAGGAAGUGGAGCAGGAAGAGGGCAGGGAGGUGGAGCAGCAGCAGGAGCAGCAGCAGGACAUAAAGGCAGGAGUUUACCAGAACCACCAGCCAUGUUGGGGGGUUUGGGAGGGGGAGGGGCUUGGCACUCGGCAGGAAAAGGUCUUUCCUCAGCUGAACACACAGGACUUUAUUCUGAGCCAGCUGACUCGGUCCGUCUGCCUCUGUAUGGUGCUGACUGCCUAUACUCAGACCCGGUGGACAGCAUCAAGGGGCAGAACCAAGCUAGCAACUCAUCCACCCCUCCAGUGCCCACCCCACGACUCCGACCUGUGGGAGACGAGGCCUCGGCAGGUGGUGGCAUCCAAGGGGAUCAUCACCACAGGAAGCCACCUGACCUGUAUUCACAUGUGUACGACCAGAUCAGCCUGGAGUUACUUCAGAAAACAAGUGGUCUGAGUCUGAACGGGGUGGCAGGGGGAGGAAGGGGGGCGGGAAGAGGGUUGAACAGUAACAGGCGACCCCCUGGAGGCCAAGCAGAGGGCGCUGCGUCACCUCCUGCUGUUCCCUUGGAGCACAUAUACGAUGAACCUGAGGGCUGCGCCAAAGGAUGCGUGAGCGCACCCACGAGUUUAGAGAUAACUAUUUACAGCGAGGCCCGUUUGGAGCCUCACAGCCAGAAAAGACAGGAAGCGGUUGUGGCCCCGUCAGGACCGGAGGGGCAUUACAGCACCCCGUCCCUCGGACACUCCCCGCCGCAGCUCAGCCCGAGCCGUGUCACAGCGCAUCCUCCGGCAGCUGUGAGGGGGCGAAAACCGGUCACUGCUCCCAAACCAGGAAGGGACAUAUUCAGUCGGAAGGAGCCAGUUCCACUGCCCCCUGGGAAACAUUGCGGUAAUAUGAACAACAACAACAGUUUGGGAAGAAGAGGAAAAGGGAAUGAGCUGUACAGUGAGGUGUCCAAACAGAAGCCUGUGAGCUCCUGGUGUAGCCAGCACCAGCAGGUGCCAGUGAGACCACCUGAUGUUAUCUAUGACAACUUGGGAGAUAUUUAACAUCUUUAUUCUAAAAGUGGACUGAACAUUUUUAUCCUUUUAAAAAAGAGAUGAAGAAUAAAAUGAGAACUAAGCACAUUUUCUCAUUUCUUCCGUCUUUGGACUGGAUUAAUUAUUUGAGACAAUCGAUCCCUUUGCUGUGGAUUAGCUCACAACUAUGAGAAAACCACAUCAUGAUGGUAUUUUAUGCAACCGUCGUCGGGCCACCCUCUGUGUGUGUGUGUGUGUGUGUUUAAGAAAGAGGGAGAGUGAGUGUUUGUAUGGCGAAACCCAUAAUUGGUGUACGAAGCCACAGUGUGGUCGGAGAAACAGAAACCUUAUGGAUUUGCCAAAAAGAGCUCGGCCUACAGGCUUCACUGCAACAAGCUGAGAGAGCGGCUUGGUAUGAAGUGACUGGGAAACUGUUGCUUUACUGUUUCUCCGCAGUUUGAGACAAUGUGACGACAACGAGCUGUUCUUUGGAGCUUUUUUUUUUUUUGCGUGCCUUGGACUUGGAACUUUUUUGUUCUCUGGACUGAUGACUUAUCUCAAAUCCCACCAAAAUAAAGAGAGAUGUAGAACAUUUUCAGCCCAGAACACUAAUAUGUGAGGUGGUUGCACCUUCAGAUCCACAUGUUGGAAAAACUUCUCUGUUCCUGUUUUGGAGGAAGCAUGAAAGUGGGAUUUUAGGACCCUAUGUUGACGUACAAGGUUCAUAAAGGAGCUUUAGAUUUAAAGUGGCCACUUCCUGCACAAGAUAAUAUAAUUUUAUGUUUCUAUGUACAGAGUAAACUAACCAACCCCCUGUAAUGUGUCAGUACAGCUGUGCUGUCUGUGAAUAUAACUAAAAAUAAAAAUUUC